GCCCCGUGAGGUGGUCCGACUGCGAGGUAUUUAUUCUCUGUCAGGAACAUAAUACGCCGAUAGCCCCACGACGCUGGGUGCGACAGUACGGCAUGAAACACACUUACGGCCUGUCGUUGGUAUGUCCGUUUCAGGGUGAGACCGACGAGAUGGAAGAAGGGACCGAAGACGAGGUGGAGGGAAAGUGCGCCAAGGCGUUUCAGCAGCGCCCAGGCUAAAAGCAGAAUGGCCUGGAGUGGGGACUUGGACGCUUGGGACGGGCACCAUUGGUUGCGUGUCGAGAGCGGCGCAAGAUGUGCCUCAGAUGUUGAGCCGCGUGCCAUUGACACCUGACUGCCCGCCUGCCACCAUCGUCGUGGUACCGUUGAUGUGUUUCGAGCGCUGCAGGGAAUGGCGAACGCGAGCGCGGCGGUGCGCGCGGCCCUCAACAUCGUCUUCGUCCACCCUGAUCUUGGCAUAGGAGGCGCAGAACGGCUGGUUAUCGAUGCGGCCGUAGGCCUGCAGAGCGUCGGCCAUAGGGUCACUAUCCUCACAUCCUACCGCGAUCCCAAGCACUGCUUCGAAGAGGCCAGAGAUGGAACACUCGACGUACGAGUGCGCGGCGACGCCCUCUUCCCGCCGUCAAUAGGAGGCCGGCUUAGUAUCCUGUUCUCCAUAUUACGGCAACUCGCACUCGUUAUCAGCACCGGCAUCACCUCGAACGAGCUCAGGACAUUACAGCCUGAUGUGAUAUUUGUCGAUCAGUUGAGCGCAUGUGUGCCUCUCUUUCGAAUACUGUACCCGAAAGCGAAGGUGCUAUUCUACGGACACUACCCAGACCGACUGUUGGCAUCGGAAGGCCAAGGCAUACUAAAGCACAUAAAAAGAGCAUAUAGGUUACCGUUCGAUGCGAUAGAGGGAUGGAGUACAGGAUGCUCCGACGAUAUCGUGGUGAACAGCAAGUUCACGCGGUUCGUCUUCAAACACACUUUCGCGGGCAUGAAAAGUCGAGAUUUGAAAGUCAUAUACCCGUGCGUAGAUACCAGCAAUGGACAUCCGAAGAACGACACGAAGUUAUGGCCGGACAAGAAGAUCAUGCUGAGCAUCAACCGAUUUGAGGCGAAGAAGAACCUUGGCCUUGCAUUACGCGCAUACGCCGGCCUCACGGCCGAGGAGCGAAGUAGAGCCAAGCUUAUCCUAGCCGGUGGCUUCGACCCUCGAGCACCUGAGAAUGCCAAUGUGCAUAGGGAGAUGCAGACACUAUCCGAGUCCUUGAACCUUACACACGCCACCUUCCGCAAUAAUGAUACUGAGAACACCGACCUGACCACGGAAGACGUGGACACGCUCUUCCUCCUGUCCAUACCACAUGAGCUCAAGCAGCGGUUACUACACUCUGCAAGCUUAAUGGUGUACACUCCGAAGAACGAGCACUUCGGCAUUGUGCCAUUGGAAGCCAUGCUUGCCGGCGUGCCAGUGCUCGCAACCAAUACCGGCGGACCGCUGGAAACCAUCUGGGACGGACGGACAGGCUGGCUGCGGAAUCCGGACAAGAUCGAGGAGUGGACCAGCGUCAUGCGCAAGCCGUUGAUACCCUCCAACGAAGAGUCGUUGCGUGCCAUGGGCCAGAAAGGCAGGGAGAGAGUGCUUGCUGAGUUCAGUCAUACGAAGAUGACGGAAUCGCUUGACAAAGAGGUUCGUGCGCUUUGCCAAAGCACUGCACCACGACCGCCGAUCACGCCGGAGUGGGUGCACGCUUUGUGGAUCAUGACCGUGAUCGCAGUAGUUGCCGGCGUCCUUGUAUCACGGCUCAUGCUAUGGGCGGUGAAUCUGGACGAGCAGAAGCAUCUCCGUGAGCUUGCCGAAAGGUCAAGUAUGGUCAACGAGAUCAAGAUGAACGGCCACAUGAACGGCCACAUGAAUGGCCACCUGAACGGGCACCUCAAGGGAAGUGACGUGCCCGUUGUGGUAACGGCAACAGCAACAGCCACGGGCGUGGCUCGAGACGAGCUGUAGAAAAUUCCAGACAAGUGUGUUCCAUUUGCGCGGCCUUCAUCUUCGAGGGACAACAAACGAGCGACUGAACUUGUUGCAUUGCGACGGCGCAAGGGUGUUUGAUGCGGGUAAAAACUAGAUGAUGAGCUCGCAGCAUUU